UCCAUCUGUUCCAGACAGUGGGUGUCUGAUGAAUGUCUUCCACGCGAGAGGACAAGGAGUCGCUCCAACACAUUCUCCUCAGGAACACAACACAGUAGUCAGGUGCAUGGGUACAGGAGUAGAGCAAGUUCCUCAGAGAACCUCAAGCCGUCUGUGAAGGAGGAGGCUCUAGUUCAGCCGCCAUGCCAUGAAAGACCAGAGAGGAAACCACUGCUUCCAAAACAUGGACUUGAAUUUACAUUCAAGAACAAUCAGAACCCAUCACCAUCACCAAAUGGAGCGACCCUACAGUCAAGCAGUAAUGUCAUCAUAAAGGGACCCACAGUUACAGUAAGCGAAUCUAUCAGUCAGACUCAGCGGGCUCCAUGUCAGAGAGUGAAGAGCCUUCCUCCUGGGAGUAGCAAAGGCUUGGAAACGAUCCAGAAGGUCUUAUCACGCUCAGUCGGCCCUGGGAUAAAGACACCGCUUGCCAGGGUGUUUAGAAAACCACCAUCAGGAUUGAGUAUUGGAGGCAGAGGGACCAAGCCUAGUGGUAAAACAGCAAGCCGAUUUCACUGGAAACUAAAGCGAGGUGUAGAAGGCGUCAAGAUGAGCAGGAAUAAAUGCACGAUGAAAACAACUGUCUCAUGCGAGGACCUUGAUCAGAAGAAUCCUUCACAUGAUUGUGGGUGGAGACAAAGACGGUGGCAUAGUGCAGAGACUCUGGUGAACCAGACCAGCACCCUAAGGUGGGUGGAGAGACCGCAGGGACUGGGACUGGCAGGAUCGGAGAAGUAUGACGGUGAGGAAGAAGAGGAGGGUGACCAAUCCUCAGACUGUGACAGCUUGUUCUCUGUGGACUCCCUGUCCUCAGUCUACGCUACAGCCUUGGCAGAGCAGCUGAAGCAGGAGGAGGCUAUCCAGAGCGAAGGAGAGAGUGAAGACAGUCAGAUGUUGAAGGACUCACUGGCUAUGGAGAGCAGAGGGAAGCAUAUUGCAGCAAGGCCUGCACAGAGACGGACUGUGGUAGUACCCAGUCACUCUGUGGUGAGGGAUUGUCUCAAUCCCUCGAUUGGAAAAACUAUAAACAUGGCGUCGGAGAUUCAGCCAACUGAAGAGGGAAGAGAAGACAUUGGGAAACCUAAUGAAAUGCCAGCAGAGGCUUCCUGGAGCCAUCAUGGCGGCCCUAAAACCCGAGUCAAUAAAACAACCGGCGCAACAAGGGAAUCACUGUAUCAGAAUCAGCCAGCAACAGAACCCAGGUGUAGGGACCCUGUAUCAAAGCUGAGUGAAGAGCUUGGGCAUGUCCACACCAUGUUGACCAGCAGCCCAUGCUUUCUGAGCAGCUGUAGUGUGGAGGAACCAGAGAGUUUGCUAGUGCUUACAGAUCCAUGGUCCUACACUGAUGCAGCAGAUAGUCCUAGGAUCCUUAGGGACUCUGCCGUGUUGAGGAGGAGGAUGGUAUUUAGUCAUGGUGCGUUGGACCUCAACAGUAGUCCUAGUCCCAUCAGUGUGGAUCUGUCUGACUGUCAGUGUGGAUUUGGAUCCAUUAGAUCCCAUAGCUCUGCAUCUACCGACAGCACAGAGGGCAAACAUGUUCCAGUAGAGGAACAAAGACUUGGGGUUUCAACUGAUUCUUUGAAUUUCCCUGAUUCUCAGCUUCUCCAAAUGUCACCGCUACGUUUGAUGAUGCCAUUGAAUCAUGAGGCGGUGUGUUGUAAGGGCUAUUUUGAACGGCAGUUAGUCAGUUCAAAAGGUUUGCUGAAGGGAUCUAUUAAUGAUCCAGGUUUACACCAAAAUCAAAGUAGAGAUGUCUCAGCAGAGCUUCCUUCACAUGGAUCUGCAUGUGCUCCAACCAUUGACUAUAAGAUUCAAUGCACCCCAUCAACAUCAACAUUGGAGGCUGACAUUUUUCAUGGGCCUCAGAUGCAGCAGGUCACAUUAACUCCAGAAGUGAUGUUUGUGGGAGUAGCAGACCUAACAAACUACACCGAUACUAGUUUGUCUACCUACAGUCAUCUGUCAAAAGCCAGUAUGUUAACUUACCCUAAAACUGAAGGUGAGAUGUUGAAUGAGACACCUGCCAUCGAAAGUGCCCCAAAUAAUUAUUCUGGAGAUAAUGAACUAUGCAAUUUAGAUGGAGACAUGGAAGAAGUCAGAGAAGAGGAGUUUUACGAAGCAAGCAAUACCAAAGACAUAUCACUUGAAAGUGAGUUUAAAAUUCUGCAAACGCUUGAAGCCAAAGUCACAGAGCAGGACUGUGUGUUGCCAGAGCAGGACUGUGUGUUGCCAGAGCAGGACUGUGUGUUGCCAGAGCAGGACUGUGUGUUGCCAGAGCAGGACUGUGUGUUGCCAGAGCAGGACUGUGUGUUGCCAGAGCAGGACUGUGUGUUGCCAGAGCAGGACUGUGUGUUGCCAGAGCAGGACUGUGUGUUGCCAGAGCAUGAGUUUUUCAAAGUGUCUUGUAAAAAUUCCAUAAAGAAGAACAAAGGCCUGCAGGACAGUUUCAUUGGCAGCUUGAAAAUUCCAAAGAGGAGCAACGGAGGGGACUUCGCAGCGUUGUCUACUAUAACAGUCAAGAACAGCCAGGAAGUUAUUUCACCAGAUGACAACUAUAACACCAGUGAAUUAAAAGACAAACAAACUUCCUCUGCAGUCGAUUCAUUUAAACUAAAUCUGAGCUGCAAUGAAGGUCACUUCCAACGAGAUACCUCGGCUUUAGUAGCAAUGUCAGUGUCUGUGCACAUAUCCCAUGAAAAUCUCUCUCCAUGUUACCAUAAGACCAUUGACACGGGUGGCCAUAAAGAGUCUCCUUUUGGAGAGAAGGCCGUUAUUGAAAAGAGAAGAGAAGUAGAACAAGUUGAACAAAGAGAAUUUCAAGGGCGAGGUGAAAAGCUCAACUCAGGAAGCAAGAGAAGAGAAGUAGAGAAUGUUAGAUUGGGACAUCACCAUGGUGAUAGUAACUGUAGAACAUCAGACCACCGAAUCUCAGAGGUGAUGAAGGAGGAUAUGAGGAUGUCAUUUAUAGAUGGGGGUGGAGACAACAGUAACAGUGAACCGGACAGUCGGAGUAGUCAAAUCCUUAAUGCCUUGCCAACAAGCAAUCCUAACAAAUGCGAUUCACCAAAAGGUCUACAAGCAGUGAAGGAUCAUCAAAUAGCUGAUGAUCCACUGGUAAUCAUUAAGCCAGGCUCUUGUUCAACAUCAGAAAAGUCUUGUAUCGAUUCUGAGAUUCUAAAAAUGGACAACACGACAGACAUGGAAAACGUGAGCCACGGAAAGGUUUUCAGACUCUCUACUUCCAUCAAAUUAAAUUUUAUGAAUCAACUAAGUUUGAUAAGUAAAGAGAAUGAUCCAGACCAUAGGACAAAGAUCUCGUCGGGGUCCCAGUUAAGUAAGAGCUUUCAAGAGAACAUGAGAGAAGUGCAAUUGAAAAAUGGAAUAACUGAUGUUGAUGCAAGGGAAUACAAGGGGCAGGAUGCUUCUGGCUGUUCUGUCAUUACACCGAAUGCAAGUGUCAAUUCUGGUGCAGCAUCUUUCACCGUUAAAAGCUAUGAGAUCCAAUUAAGUCUGGCAUUGAACAACCGAGGAAAACCUGAAUACAUCAGCAAGCCUGUACUGCUGCCAAUGGGAUGUUCUUCAAUGUCUACUUCCACUUCCACUGCACCCAAAGAAUUCUUACUUUCUCCAGGGAAAGAGUUUGAAAGGGAUGUCCCUUUUUCGCAUAUGGAGAACAUGAAGAAAGAAACAGGUCCUGAGAAGUAUCAUCCUCAUCAUGCUUGUCUUAGUAAUAACGCUUCACCUGAGCAAAACCUGAAAUCUAGUGCUCUACAACCUCUCCAGAACUGCCCAGGAACAGUGUCCUCAGUGACUACGCCACCCAAUAUGGCCUUUGCACAUGCAGGGGACCUCAUAAUGGAUUCAGAAUAUGAGGUUCAAGGCGAAAGCAAGAACCAAUGCAAAUUGACCUCAACGGGUGCAAGUGGACAACUUUACUUAAAUGAUUGUCAUCGGCAUGCAGCUGUAGAUUCAUUCUCUGAUAAAAUCAGGACUCAAUGUACACCAGAAAACAUUGAGAAGCACCACAACAGUCAACCACUCUCAAAUAAUUUCUGUGAAUCACAGAAGCUACAGGAGAAAGGCAGAAAAAAUCACAUUAAGGUCAGAAAUGAGCUCCAAAAAUAUCCUCCCUUUGCAACAAAUCUGAGUCAGGAACUACCACAGUCAAAGUGCUCAUUGAGUCAGGAACUACCACAGUCAAAGUGCUCACUGAGUCAGGAACUACCACAGUCAAAGUGCUCACUGAGUCAGGAACUACCACAGUCAAAGUGCUCACUGAGUCAGGAACUACCACAGUCAAAGUGCUCACUGAGUCAGGAACUACCACAGUCAAAGUGCUCACUGAGUCAGGAACUACCACAGUCAAAGUGCUCACUGAGUCAGGAACUACCACAGUCAAAAUGCUCACUGAGUCAGGAACUACCACAGUCAAAGUGCUCACUGAGUCAGGAACUACCACAGUCAAAGUGCUCACUGAGUCAGGAACUACCACAGUCAAAAUGCUCACUGAGUCAGGAACUACCACAGUCAAAGUGCUCACUGAGUCAGGAACUACCACAGUCAAAGUGCUCACUGAGUCAGGAACUACCACAGUCAAAGUGCUCACUGAGUCAGGAACUACCACAGUCAAAGUGCUCACUGAGUCAGGAACUACCACAGUCAAAGUGCUCAUUGAGUCAGGAACUACCACAGUCAAAAUGCUCACUGAGUCAGGAACUACCACAGUCAAAGUGCUCACUGAGUCAGGAACUACCACAGUCAAAGUGCUCACUGAGUCAGGAACUACCACAGUCAAAGUGCUCACUGAGUCAGGAACUACCACAGUCAAAGUGCUCACUGAGUCAGGAACUACCACAGUCAAAGUGCUCACUGAGUCAGGAACUACCACAGUCAAAGUGCUCACUGAGUCAGGAACUACCACAGUCAAAGUGCUCACUGAGUCAGGAACUACCACAGUCAAAAUGCUCACUGAGUCAGGAACUACCACAGUCAAAAUGCUCACUGAGUCAGGAACUACCACAGUCAAAGUGCUCACUGAGUCAGGAACUACCACAGUCAAAGUGCUCACUGAGUCAGGAACUACCACAGUCAAAAUGCUCACUGAGUCAGGAACUUCCACAGUCAAAGUGCUCACUGAGUCAGGAACUACCACAGUCAAAGUGCUCACUGAGUCAGGAACUACCACAGUCAAAAUGCUCACUGAGUCAGGAACUACCACAGUCAAAGUGCUCACUGAGUCAGGAACUACCACAGUCAAAAUGCUCACUGAGUCAGGAACUACCACAGUCAAAAUGCUCACUGAGUCAGGAACUACCACAGUCAAAGUGCUCACUGAGUCAGGAACUACCACAGUCAAAAUGCUCACUGAGUCAGGAACUACCACAGUCAAAAUGCUCACUGAGUCAGGAACUACCACAGUCAAAGUGCUCACUGAGUCAGGAACUACCACAGUCAAAAUGCUCACUGAGUCAGGAACUACCACAGUCAAAAUGCUCAUUGAGUCAGGAACUACCACAGUCAAAAUGCUCACUGAGUCAGGAACUACCACAGUCAAAGUGCUCACUGAGUCAGGAACUACCACAGUCAAAGUGCUCACUGAGUCAGGAACUACCACAGUCAAAGUGCUCACUGAGUCAGGAACUACCACAGUCAAAGUGCUCACUGAGUCAGGAACUACCACAGUCAAAAUGCUCACUGAGUCAGGAACUACCACAGUCAAAAUGCUCACUGAGUCAGGAACUACCACAGUCAAAAUGCUCACUGAGUCAGGAACUACCACAGUCAAAGUGCUCACUGAGUCAGGAACUACCACAGUCAAAAUGCUCACUGAGUCAGGAACUACCACAGUCAAAAUGCUCACUGAGUCAGGAACUACCACAGUCAAAAUGCUCACUGAGUCAGGAACUACCACAGUCAAAAUGCUCACUGAGUCAGGAACUACCACAGUCAAAAUGCUCAUUGAGUCAGGAACUACCACAGUCAAAAUGCUCACUGAGUCAGGAACUACCACAGUCAAAAUGCUCACUGAGUCAGGAACUACCACAGUCAAAAUGCUCAUUGAGUCAGGAACUACCACAGUCAAAAUGCUCAUUGAGUCAGGAACUACCACAGUCAAAAUGCUCACUGAGUCAGGAACUACCACAGUCAAAAUGCUCAUCUGAAACUCAGGUAGACAAAUUUCAUAAGACUUGUGUGACCGUCGAUCCUGAUCCUAAAAAUAAACAUCCCAGUGUAAAACACAAAACAUGUCAUGUUGAAAAAUGGCUGAAGACUCUUUGCCUCAACUUUGCCUCUGACAAUACCAAAGAUUGCCAAAUGGCUAAAAAUGAAGAAGGGUCAAGGACUGAUGGACCUCUGGCAAAAUCUCCUGGAACCUUGUUUGACGUACCAAGUAAAAUAAAUAGUAUUGGAUCUUCUCCAUCCCAAAUAACACAUGGAAGUAGUGAUGCUCAUAUGAAGAUAUUGGGUGACAUUUGCAGAUAUAUCAUGUCCAGAGAGGGCAAUACCAAAACAUCUAAUUGCAGGCAAUCUCAUCAGUUCUGUGGCAGUAGUGUUGUUCAUUACAAGAAGGGAAAGUCCAAGAGGUUCAGAAGGUCCAAAGCCCAGGCACCUCCUAGCUCAUCCUCUGACUCCACACUCAAGUCUUCCUCAGAUGAAGAAGAGAAAAUCCCUCCCAGGUUGGAUCAAAACAGGUCUUCAUCAACAAGAAUGAAGUCAGGAACUCAAACUAAUGGAAAAUUAGAGGAGAUGAUUCAAUGCAAUGUUGGAGAAAUGUCUCUAGUGAAAAGACAAUCACCACAGUCAAAAGACAAUCACACUAUGGAAGCUUGUACUGACCAGACCCCAUAUAAAUCUGAUGAUAACGCUGGAGUUGGCAUCAGUUUGGGUCAGAAAGAACACAGCCCCAAUGGACAAUCACCACAUAUAGAGAAAAGGACACCAAAGACUCAAGAUUUGCCAAUGCAUUUUGCCUCCAGCGACAUCAAUCCCUUUGCUCACCAAUGGCAAGAAGAAGAGCCAAACCAAAGCUGCUACAAGAACCAGGUGUUUGGAAGUGCCACUGACAUUUCUUGUAAAUCACCGCUGCUGGAGUCCACUACCAAACAUAUCACUAGAUGCUGCAGUGUCGACAAUGAUUUAAACGUGCAGAACUCUCCUUUCAACUCCCACCUGAGCACUUACGCCAACAACAAGGGACUCUCCAGCACCCUGAGCAGCAUGGAGGAAGAUUUCAAAGAUCAAACGUCCCUCAAAGCCCAUCUGAAAGAACGUACUAACCAAGUCUCCGGUGUUGAUGAUCACAAUCAACAAGUGACUCUGACCAUGAGCUGUAACUCAUCUUCUUGCUACAAUGUAUCUGGAGAUAUUGGUAACAGCACUGGCCAGGUGGAUGAGAUCAUGUUGGUUUAUGACUCUUCAGAGCGGGCGUUUCAGGGUCACGGGUUUCAGAGGUCUGAAACUAACACCAGAUGUGACCAGAGCACCCAGACAACCUUCACUCAAGAAACCACAACUCAGACAACGAUCAACCAUGGUGAUCUACAGAGGAGAAACAACCGUCACAGAAAGAGCAGCACUCAGGUACCAGUGUUGCAGAAGACCACAGAGGCCUGUAGAGAGACCACCACAUGGGCCAGCCUUCAGAACAUGUCUGAGCAUCUCACACAGCUGAUAGUAAACACGUCUGAUCUUCUGGGGAAUGUUCAGGGUAUGAGGUCUGGCGAAAGCCUCAAACAUAGCCUGAUAACAAAUGUUAACUCUUCAUCUCAUCUGUACUCCUCCACAGAUUGGAUGAAGAGAGACUGCUCAACCAAAACUGCAGUAGAUAUUGGGAUCCAGACCGAAAGGACUUUAACACCCGUUCAAGACAAAAUGUCUAUCCCCCAAACUCUGUCCACAGAGAGGUCCAAAGCCCAUGAAGUUAAUGUGAUAGUCAAAGUGAUUGGCUCAGAAGUUCUCACUGUGUCACAAGACAAAGGGCUUCCCCUUCAACAUCAACUCAAGAAAAACCUGGAUGAUAAUAUUCAGAGCAUGCCUGACCUGCGACUCAAUGGCUCCACUGUUAACCAAAGAUCUAUCUUGGAACCAGAGAGUCUCCCACACAAAGUCCCUUCCCUGGAGACUGUCCAACGCCACAAUCAUUCAAAUCCUGCCAUUCGAAAUAUAAGCAAUGAGGACUGCAAUCCUGAAAGAGUGUCCUCCUCCAAAAGCUUGGGAGUAUCUGAAGUCUGCCAUCAUUUGUCAGAAAUACUCAGACCAGAAUGCCAUAAUAUCUUGAGAAGGAGUGACCCGGGAAUAGGCUAUAGAAAACAAGUGAGCUUCACAGACCGUGCAUGCUCACCCAUUCUCACUGUGCGUCCCAGGGCUGGCUCCAACCAGAGCAGAAUAAAGUAUUUACAGAGUCCCAAAGAAGAACAGAAGUUUGAGACGCAAAAUAGAACUAAACACCACAUUUCGGACCAGUCAACACCUUGUUUAAGUUACAGCGGACACAAAACAUGCAUGUCUUUCAUAAAGAAUGAUAAGAUAUCAGGACAUGACUCCCUUCAUCUGUGUGACAAGCCAGGUGAUAACUCCACCACAGAAUCAAUGGGAUUGAUAUUCCUCGAGAAUGUGAGUGCCCUCAGCCAUUCAAGACCAAAAGGGUCUGAUGGAUGCUCAGGAAGUCUUAGUUCGUCCAUCGACAAUUACAUCCACAAUGAAACCAGCGUUGUCAUCCAGGAGGAAGAAAAGGAAAUGAGCGUAUGGCACAAAACCAGCCAACGUCCAAUAUGGUCCCUUCCUUCUGUUCUAAGCAGUAACAGAGUCGCUAUGCAGAACCACACCUCUCUCGUCUUUAGUCAGACUGGUGAGUCCAAACACGAGGAGAAAUCCUUCUCUACUUUUGGAGAUCAACUAAGCUACAGAAGACAUUCAAUAGAUUACCACAACAGUAGAUCAUCAGAGCGUCCAGUGGAGCACUUCACUGGUGCUUAUGAACAUUCCCCUAUCAGUGACAGCACCAUCCAUGUUCAGGAGGAUGACAUGGUGUCGUUGGGCCCAAGCGAGUGCAACACAGACAUUCUAGUGAACACCAACCCAGUCACCCACACUCCCAACUUCCAACACUCCCAACACCAGCUAGAUCACCAGCGGCUCCCUGAGGACCUACCUGUGCACAACAAGUUCACCAACUGGUCUGGUAUCAGUCAGCAUCCCUCUGAGAUAGGACGGACUAAUAGUUUAAUGAAACCAGCCGUGUAUCUACCUACUGGUCAUGAAGCACAGAGGAACCAGCCAGAGUGGGCUGAGCUGGAGAGCCAGGAGUCAGAGUCCAGCUUGAGUCCAGAGCCCAUGUUCCAUAAGGACAAGAAGACACGAGAGAUAGAGAGGCUACGUAAAGAGCGCGAGCAGGUCAUGGCUACGGUCCAACUGAACAUGAACCCUCAUCAUCUGACCUUGGAGCUGACUGAAGCCAAGCUGCACUACGGUCUGGGAGAGAUGGACACGUUGUUAAAGAUGCUGACAUCUGGUGGAACCAAGGAGGAGGAACCGUCCCCUGUCCCUACCAAACAGCAGCUCUAUGACCAGCACCGGAGGAGCAUUGAGAGUUUGAGAAAGGACAGGGAAGCUCAGCUUCAGACCUGCCGUAGGACUCGCAGCCUCAGCCCUAGCAAGCACCACUUCACCCUGUCCCCUCCUCAACCCAGAUCCCCUCCUCAAAAAGACCCCAGAGUUUCAGCCCUGCCCAGUCGCUGCAGAGGCUACCUUCAACAGCUCCGUCAGGAGGUAGUGACGAGCAGGAUGAUCCCAGAUCCAUCCAGAGGAGAGGGUGAAUAUCCCCCUGAGAUAGAGCAUCUUCUGCGUGACUACGGCCGUGCCCGUGAGGAGGCCAUGACAGAGAUAUCCCGUGCACGGGAACGGCUCCGCGAGAGGACAGAGCAGGAGAAAAGACGGCUCCAGCAACAGACUCUGUCUCAGAUGGUCAAUGAUGACUUGCGGUAUCGGACCAGAGUCAGCAGCAGUACGCUGUACACUGGGUCGAGUCUGAGCCUAUCCUCUGGAACAACCUCUGGCUACAACAGUGGCAACACAGCUCAGCUGAGGGACUGCAGUAGACCCCCACUGACACAGGAGGUCACUGAGGUCCUGGGUGAUGGGCUGAAGGUCAGGUCUCGCCCUCCCAUCUGUGGUUCUCAGAGUGUGAAGACCCAGCGUGCCUGGCUCUCUGCUCAGGAUGUAUGUCUGGCGCCUGGUGUGUCAGGGUAUGACCCUCUGAUGUCAUCCUCACCAUCAUCUCCUACAAACCUACGACAGUGCACCUCCUCUUUUGGCUCCGCCUCGUCCAUAUCGACAGCCUAUCAGGACUUCACUUCCUGUCUGCUUGGUCGAGCUAUGGCUGAGGUGCGUUUGGCUGCUGCUGGUGACAUGGGGAACCUAGUGAUGGGGAAAGCUGCAGCUGGUUGGAGGUACCAGGGUGUGGAGCGAGGUGUCCAGGCCUUCUACAAGCCCUCCUCCAGCCCAUCUGUGCACUGUUUCCUUGGGGCGGUGGAGCUGGAGAGGCCCCUGGCCAGCCUGUGGAGCAUGGUCCAAGACCACUCCAAGACCCACCUAUACCAUGAGGCUAUCCGGUCUGCCUGGACACGACCACUAGAUGACAGCACUCAGUUGGUCUACCUGCUGACAGAUCCAUCCAGCUGCCACCUCAAACAGCCCAGAGACUUCUGCUGCAUCAGCACCCAGUCACAACAGGAUGAGCUAUGUGUGCUGGCCAUGCAGUCGGUCUUCGAGGAGUCUCUCCCUCGGCCCAGUGUAGAGGCUGUCCGAGGGGAGAUGUUGCCUAGCGCCUGGGUCCUUCAGCCAAUCACACGCCACGUCCGAGAGGUCGUCAGGGUCAUCUACCUACUGCAGGUGGACCUGGGCACUCCAUCCCUUCCUCAGAGACUGUUGGGAUCAGUGGCUAGGAGACAGGCGUCCGUCCUGGCUGAGCUCGACUCCCUUUUCUCUUUGUGAGACUGACAGCAUGGUCAGGGUCAUGUUCAUUAGGCACCAAAAGGAAGAAAACAGACUGAAACAAGGAGGGACUAACUGGACUUUUCCAAUAAGAAAUGCACAUUUUCUUUUUCCGUUGCAAAACAUGUUGCUACAAUGUGCCCCAAUGAACACAACCCAGAUCAGCUGUCCAAUUAGAACACAGAUUUCGUCUCUCAUUGCAAAACGUUUUGCUAUGGUGUGCCCUAAAGAACACGCCCCCAGGUUAAUGGUCACACACGUCGCAGUGAGCACUUAAACGUACGUCCUGAAUCUGAUAUGGGAUCUGUCUCUAUUGUAAUUUGCAAUGUAUUUACUUGAUUGUAUCCUUACGAAGAGCACUGAUGACAUUGAUUUUGUGAUACUAAGUAUCAUGCAGCUUGUUUAUAUCUAAACAUAACUGUGUUUUGUGUUUAAAAUGGUUCAUUGAAGACCUGUGUUUAAUGUGUAUGAUUAUACCAAUCUUUUAAGUAUAUUGCCAAAGAUUGAGUGGUCUAGACUGGCUGUCAGGGAGGGUUGAGGAUGUGGCUCCUAUGUUUGACCCAUACAACACAUCUUACUGUGUCACUGCAACUUCUGACCAGAGUAACACCAGGCCCUAAAUGUUUACAAUUCCACAUAUUUUUCAUAAUAACACUGAUUUAUAUCAAAUGCAAAAUGAUCGUUAGUCUCCUGUUGCCCAUUGCUGUAUUUAAUCUAUCUGUACGCCUCAGUUGUACUACUUCCCUAAUUACUGAUUUAUGAUACAAAGUGAUCAUUUGUCUCCCAUUUCACUGUCCUCCCAGCCUAAGAACUAACCACUUUUAUAAUGACCACUUAGUGACAUAAUUGUUUUCUCCAGCAUCCUGUGUUAAUGUCUCAAGGCACAGCACAUUUUUCCAAACUCACUACCCAACCUUUAAAAAGCCAUUUAUGUGUUUUGUUGACUGUUCAGGACAUUAUUUUUCUGUAGUUGUAGUACUGCAGUGUCACGGUAAGAUGAUCCCCAGGGGAACCAAAUAAGAAGGAACUGAUAUGAAGGAUAUUAACCGAGCAAAAAAAGAAAUGUCCCUUUUUCUGGACCCUGUCUAUCAAAGAUAAUUCGUAAAAAUGCAAAUAACUUCACAGAUCUUCACUGUAAAGGGUUUAAACACUGUUUCCCAUGCUUGUUCAAUGAACCAUGAACAAUUAAUCAACAUGCACCUGUGGAGCGAUUGUUAAGACACUAAUAGCUUACAGACGGUAGGCAAAUAAGGUCACAGUUAUGAAAAAUUAGGACACUAAAGAGGCCUUUCUACUGACUCUGAAAAACACUAAUAAAAAGAUGCCCAGGGUCCCUGCUCAUCGGCGUGAACGUGCCUUAGGCAUGCUGCAAGGAGGCAUGAGGACUGCAGAUGGGGCCAGGGCAAUAAAUUGCUAUAUCUGUACUAUGAGACGCCUAAGACAGCGCUACAGGGAGACAGGUCGGACAGCUGAUCGUCCUCGCAAUGGCAGACCACUUGUAACAACACCUGCACGGGAUCGGUACAUCCGAACAUCACAGGUACAGGAUAGCAACAACAACUGCCCGAGUUACACCAGGAAUGCACAAUCCCUCCAUCAGUGCUCAGACUGUUCGCCAUAGGCUGAGAGAGGCUGGACUGAGGGCUUGUAGGCCUGUUUUAAGGCAGGUCCUCACCAGACAUCACCUGCAACAACGUCGCCUAUGGGCACAAACCCACCAUCGCUGUUCCAGACAGGACUGGCAAAAAGUGCUCUUUGAUGACGAGUCGCAGUUUUGUCUCACCAGAGGUGAUGGUUGGAUUCCUGUUUAUCGUCGAAGGAAUGAGCAUUACACCGAGGCCCGUACUCUGGAGCGGGAUCGAUUUGGAGGUGGAGGGUCCGUCAUGGUCUGGGGCGGUGUGUCACAGCAUCAUCAGACUGAGCUUGUUGUUAUUGCAGGCAAUCUCAAUGCUGUGCAUUACAGUGAAGACAUCCUCCUCCCUCAUGUGGUACCCCUCCUGCAGGCUCAUCCUGACAUGACCCUCCAGCAUGACAAUGCCACCAGCCAUACUGCUCGUUCGGUGAGUGAUUUCCUGCAAGACAGGAAUGUCAGUGUUCUGCCAUGGCCAGCGAAGAGCCCGGAUCUCAAUCCCAUUGAGCACGUCUGGGACCUAUUGGAUCGGAGGGUGAGAGCUAGGGCCAUUCCCCCCAGAAAUGUCCGGGAACUUGUAGGUGCCUCGGUGGAAGAGUGGGGUAACAUCUCACAGCAGAACUGGCAAAUCUGGUGCAGUCCAUGAGGAGGAGAUGCACUGCAGUACCUAAUGCAGCUGGUGGCCACACCAGAUACUGACUGUUACUUUUGAUUUUGACCCUCCCUUUGUUCAGGGACACAUUAUUCUAUUUCUGUUAGUCACAUGUCUGUGGAACUUGUUCAGUUUAUGUCUCAGUUGAUGAUUCUUGUUAUGUUCAUACAAAUAUUUACACAGGAUGUUUAUUUUUUUUCAGAGUUUAGUUUCCACAGGCAAAGAACAAUGAAGUAGCCUAGUUAACUGACAACCUAUUUGUACUGAGUUUUAUUUUGAUCCAUACUUUUGUAAGUGCCUUUUAUUUGACAUGAACGUAUACCACCAUGUCAAUAUGUAUAAAUAUGUAUGUUUUUAUUAUUGUUCUUUAUUUUAAUAACAUUAUAUUUGAAUCCUAAAGAAAUGCAAAGAGCAUAUUUUAUUUUCCUGUAUAAACUUGACAUUUAGUCUGUACAUA